UGUAUUGUCGCGGUACGCAGGAAGCCAGGGGCAACACCUCCCUCUUCAAGAACCAGCAUCUGAGCUUUUGGGGGAAACCUGUAGCUCCCUGAAUGCCAUCCACAGAGCCCCCCUCAGUCGGCCUCCCCUCAGGCACCAAGGCUGGUGGAGGCAGUCACCUGUCCAUCUCCCCCACUUCUCACAGAGGAAAUGCUGGGUGGUGCCAGGCAGUGAGUCAGGGUUAAGGACAAGGAUAGAGGUUGGGUGGGGCGUCUCAGCAUUCCUCCAACGGGCAGGUCUCAGCGCUCCUCCCCGUGCUGCGCUCCUCUGCAGGGCCCAGGCGCCCUUGGCCUUGGGACACAUCUUCUCUCACCGCGAUGGAGUUCGACCUAGGAGCAGCCCUGGAGCCCACCUCCCAGAAGCCCGGUGUGGGGGCGGGCCAUGGGGGAGACCCCAAGCUCAGUCCCCACAAAGUUCAGGGCCGGCCGGAGGCAGGGGCAGGUCCGGGUCCAAAGGGUCCUGCCUUGGGCUUCCAACUUCGGGGGCUGGGUAAGGGGCACCGCCUCACUGCCGCACCUCCAUCCAGCAAGGACACCACAGCUCUUCCGACUCCAGCAGCAGCUCCAGCGACUCGGACACGGAUGUGA